CAGUAGUACAGAUAUUGGAACCCAGGACAGACUUCUUUUCAUGGAGAGAAAUUGCUUAAGGCUGAGACUGUAAAAUCACAUCAAGCCAGCGAUUUCUGGUUUGCAUUCCCCACUGGAGAGCAAACCACUGUCUCUUGUUGGGAUUAUGGGGAAAUUGAAGCGUAAGCUCUUUGGAAAGGGAAAGCAGAAGAAAGCAUCCUCUGGUGAAAAUACACCAAUGCUUUCCCAAGAGACUCCUGAGAAGUGGGAAACCCAUGGUUUUCAAGGAAUUAAAAAUAUAGCAGGUGCACUGCUGAAGAAGGCAACCAGCGAGAAGAAAGAUGCUAGAGAGAAGCUUGUGGCCACACAGGAGCCAAAAUCCUCAGAUGAAGCCAUUUGUCAAGUCAUAGGUCAAAAGAACUUUUUUGAUGCUUGUAAUUAUAUUUUUGAUCUGGAACAAUCUAAGACUGUGGAUAAAGCUAAGAUUGAUGCACUUUACAACAAACUAGAAGAGAGAAUGUGGGAACUUGUGAAAACAGCAGUUCAGAGUGGUGAUGGUGUGUUACUAGAGCCCCUGAAAUCAGUAGCUGCCUCACUGGAGUGGCAGAAACAGAAAAAAAAAGAACAGUUUGAUAGUAACAAUGAAAUGGAAGGCACUUCAACCUGGAGACCAAAAUACUGGAAUAAAGAUCUGGCGAAUCUGUUAAUAGACUGCAUGGCAGCACAGUUCCCCUCCGCUGAAUUUGCCAUUAGCACAGAUGAGAUGGCACUAAAAAAACAUCUGAAGCAACUGGAAACCACAGUUCUUCCCACCUUGGAAUGCAGAAGAGCUUUCUUCAAAGAAGCAGGAUUGCUCACCAUCUACAGGAAAUGCUGUAAUGUCUGCUUAUCUUCUCACCUUACCACACUUAUAGACUGUGACUUUAACUUCAGCACAUGUCUUUUAGUUUAUGAAUGGGGCCUUAACAUGUGCAAAAGUGAGAAGCUUCUGCAACCCAGUUGGACUCUGGAGCAGGAGGUCUCCGUGGAGGCCUUGUGUCUUGUGCGGAUUUUUUCAAAUCUGGAGGAAAAACUACUUGCAGCUGCAAAGGAGGAAGUAAGAGAAGCACUGAAAGAAGCCAUUACUCCCAGGAAAAAACUGGUCACAGACACUACAGUUGUUAAGAUAUUGACAGAAGGGGCAGAAGCUGUCCAGCAUCUCAGUGAGCGACUGAGAGAGAGAAUGGAAGUGGCAUGUCUGGAGGAAUUUCAGCACUUUCUGUGGAGUUAUGAAAAUGAAGAAAGGAGCCUUCACCAACCUGACAGGCCUUCUGAGAGUUGCACCAAGCUGCAAGUAUUUGAGAACUGCAUUGUUCUCAGAGCUGCCUGGCACAAGUUGACGUACAUCUAUAACACUAAUGCUGACAUGGAUGCCAAAGUAAAGGAAAUUAUAAGCAGGAUAGAAGAAGAGGGUAGAGAAUAUCUUUGGAAGGCAAUUGCUCCGGAAGUCAAGGCAACACUGAAGAAACACUUCAGAAGUCAUGAUUCUCAUCUUGCCAAGUUUCUAGUACCUUUAAAGUCAAACUUGUUAGCAUUUGAGAAGAAAGGAACAGAUAGUUAUGACAUGCUCAUCAGGGCCAUCCACCACAGGAUUGUCAUGGAGUACGUACAGGCUCUCCUGACAGGCUACAGGAAGUCGCGUCCUAAGCAGCAGAGGUCAAUUACCUGCAGAAUUGAACAAGACUAUGAAACCCUGCAAGACCUCUUUGUCAAAUGCUUAGGUCCUGAAGCAUCUUCAGGAAAUAAUCCUAUAAAAGUGAUUCUAGAAUUUAAUGAAGAUACUAACUUUGAAGGAAAGAAAAUACACUUAAUAAACCUUAUACCCGUACUCGAAAAGGUUCCACAUUUAAGGAAAGAACAUCUGACCACCAUUUUGGACAUGGAAGGCACUCUCAGUCAAGAAGAUAGAAAUAAACUAUUGAACAUGGUUUGUGAACACGUGGUUGCCAAGAGCAGAGGCAACUUGCUCUCUGAAAACAUAAGACAAGUGGCUUGGAAAUGUGGAUGCUGCUGCUGCUUCUGCAGUUAGGACAGGUUGAAUAUGAAAUGUGCCUGUGUCAAGAGGGCUCAGGGACCCCCGUGAUCACAAUGACAUGCAAGCUGCUAUGAAUGGAACAAGCAUCCAUCUGCUGGAAGCAACCAUGAAAGAGGUCCAGAACUGCCAUGAUUUUGCAUGAAAACUCCCAUAGGUCUAGACCUUGGUUCUCCAGUGAAGCCAAAUGGAAAAAUAGAAAUGUACAUAGGUUAUUGGGGAUGAAACUGCACUUAGGUUCCUGGGCCACAGCUGCUAUUCCUAGAGGUGGAGAGGAACUUGGGGCACCACUUGUGUAUGUGUGGUUGAAUUUAUGCUGUAUGAAGGUCUGGUAGCCAGGCCCCUGCUAUUCCCUCAGGGCUCCCCCAUGGUCCUGUGGGGGUGGGGGCAAGGCAUUACGUGGCUCUGCUCUGUGGCACUAAGAAGUGGAAGAGCCCUGUCUGUCCAUGACUGCAGUCAGCCCCCCUGUGCAGCAGAGACCUGGCACUCCCACUGCCGUUCAGACUGUGUGUGCCCUAGAGUGGAAGCAGGGGUUUGAUGGUCCAUUCAGGUGCUUCACUGAAAGCUGUGCUGAUUGCUUAUAACCUGCCUCCAUCCAUCGUCGCCGGCCCCACUGCACUGAUUUAUGUAUAAAAUAUAUAAUAUUAUUACAUUAAUUUUAUAACUAGCACCAGAGCCGAGCUUUGCCUUCCAUCCACAUCGUUCGGUUUACCUCAGAUUUCCCUCUUUUGUAGAAAUCUACAGGGGCAUUGUUUUUGCUACGGUGAUGUCCUGUGAAGUGGACUGCAGAACCAUCUGUUUCCUCCAACUCUUUGGCCUGGGUGUGGAGUGUUUUCAGAUGGAAUAAUAGCCAGGAAGCAUCAGUCGGGAAAACACUAGCCCUUUUUUUAAACCCAUGUAAGGGCUAGAGCUGGCCAUGGUUCAAGGCCUUGUUUGCUAUUGUAUUAAUCUAGGUCAUUACCAUUCUGCUCAUCUCUCCCAGGGUAAACAAAUUAGCAGCGCAGAAAAGAACUGCUACAUCAGACACUCUGCAGCUCUUCUAGGCAGUCAUUCCUCAUUAGCAUCAGCUUCCUCAAGCGUGGUUUCACUCUCCCGUUUUCUAUGGUUUCUGUCAUGCUUAUGGUUUGCCAGGGUUGGUGCAAGAGAGGCAAGGUUGUUUUUUUCUGAGGAGUUGAAUAACUUGUGACCAAGCUACUCUCGCGGGUGUCUGGGCUAAAAGCUUCCUGCAUCAGAACAACAUUACGGGUGUCAUACUUUGAAAUUCUAAACCAGCUGUGAUCUUUGGAGUUCCAUAGUGGCAACAGAUUGGCUUUGAAAGGCCAGAUGCUGCGGUCCUUGUCUACAGGGAACAGUAAUACCCCAUGAGGAAAGGUACCUAGCUAGGCCUGCUCAUACAGUAAAGGUAGGCACACAGAAACAAGGGCAGGGAUUUACAGCAUGUCAGCUACUGCUUUUACCCUGUGGUAAAUUAACCCUAAUGCAUGGUAGCCAUCAAUGUUACAAAUGGGUCUGGUGGCUGUCAUCCAGCCUCACAUGUGAAGGAGUGCAGGCACUUGUCAAAAUUUGCAAGGCUGAACUCUGCACUUUGCCGGUCAUAUUAAGUAGAUCAUAGUAUUCAUCCUUCUGCGCUACCUAUCUGUGCAUUUAUUUCCAGGGGAGGGGGAAUAGGUUAUGUGCACAGGCUCUGGAAGGCAGUAUUAUGUUGACUGGUGUUUUGAUCAACAAGCAUUACAGAACAAAUAGAUGAAAACACACACCCCCCCACUCCGCCCCCCCCCGCCCCCCCAAGCAACUGGAUCACAGUGCCUAAAAAUACUUCCACAGUACUAGAAAGGUCUUUUUCAAAGGACUGAUCAUGGGAUACAGCUCUUCCAUUUGACAUUCACACUCAACAAAGGGCUUUAGGCUUACCAAAAAAAAUAAAAAUUGGAAACCGUCAAGAACAUAUAAAGUCCUGUAACUGACUCUUUAACUUAAAAUGGAUGAAAGCAAUAAGCAUUUCACAGCUGCCAGUGAGCACCGACAUGUACAGUUGUGUCAGUCUGUUCUUUCUGUGUAUGUGUAUGCAUUAUGUUCUGUGCUGUAUAUGUGUACAUGAGAGAUUUGUUUUAAAUAAUAUUUCUUCAUUGUAAAUCUCUCUUCCUUGCACCUGCAAUGCAUCCAUAAAGAAGUCCAAUAAAAUCUUAAAUAACUGACCCCCCCCACA